GUGACAGUUGAUUGAUUAAAUUAGUGAAUCUCAUAUUACCUAUAUAUAAAGAAGCGAUUACACAUUAGACACACAAUAAACGAGUUGGAAUUACGCCGACGCUUGGUUUAUUAUAUGGCGCCCAACGUGGGGCAUUGAUACCCUGAGACACAAGACACGAAAUGGCCGAAAAACUACCACGUAUUCGCGCCAAACGAGGUGGAAAUAGGACUGUUAUGACAAAACUAAUGAAUGAAGCGGAUGGUCUUCUCAAGGCUGAAACGAGUGAUAAGAAACGCCUGAAGGCUAUUGCUGCUUCUCUAGACGAGAAGUUAAAUUUGGUAAAAACACUCGACGAAGAAAUCAUAGAGAAUUGCGCGGUGGAAGAGGUCGAAGCCGAAAUAGAAGAAUCGGAUGAAAUCAAUUCACGCGUAAUUGAUCUAUUGCUAGUCAUAAAUGAAGCGACUGGUUUAAUGGAUAACAAUGACGGACUUUCGGUUGUCCCAACAACGAAUAUCGACGAUACUACGCCCCCUGGUUCUCAACAAUCGAUUACGCCUUCUGGAACAAGUGGAACUUCGACUUUGGCUUCUAAAAAUAAUGUUCAACUCCAAUCGCCCGGGAGUGCAGCUUAUGGUGGAUUUCAUUCUUUUGACGUCGCUUCAACUUCCCACGCUGAAAACAUGCAAUCAUCAGGAAAUUCAGGUAUGGGCUCUCAUUUACAUACUAACUUUGGCAUGAACGCUAAUUCAGUGGCUUAUCAGCCUAGAGCAAAAUUACCUAAACUAGUGUUACCGAAAUUUAGAGGAGAAAUUACGCAAUGGCAAGGUUUCUGGGAUAGCUUUAAAAGGCCAUACACGCCAAUCCUCAUUUGA